AAAAAAAAGAAAUUUAAUUUUUUGGCGGUUCACAGUAGAAGAUUCUCUUCGAAUACGGUUAAUUUAUGAACAAAUCUAAAAUUUUUAUUCGUCAAUCGCGAAUUGUCGCACAUCCCCGGCAGGUUUGCGUCGCGCGAACGCCGCAGACGAUCUUGGAAACGACAUCGUGUUCGAUCCUCCUCGAUCUCGAUCGAUGUAGAAAGCCGCGGAGCAGAUCACGGACGCGUCACCGCGUUCCAGAGCCAUGAAACGAAAGGCGCGAAAACCGUCGCCAAAGACGGAAGUCGCGUCAGUUGUCGGCGACGACGCCACUGUCGCCAGUGGCGUCGAGGAUGCUAGGAACAUCAGGGAUCGGAUGAUAAAGGAUAUGCAAGAGGAGGUCCGGUUGGAACAGUAUUACGAGAAACAAAAGGCGGAAUUGGAGGCUCUGGAGGCGGCGAAUCGCGAAAAUCAGCUGAAAAAGACACGCGAGGUGCUUGCUCAGCACUGGUCAGCGUACACGAAGAACGCUCGUAUCUUGGAAGAAGCAGAAAACUGGGACAGAUACAUGACUUGUGACGGUCUGCCAGAUCCUGGAUCGCUGUCUGACAUGAAUACGUUCUUGUUCCUUUGGACGAUAGAGCACCAGACUACGACUAUGGAUGAAAUGGCGGACAGAUGUCACGUAAUCACUGAUCUGUUGGCCAAGCUCGAGGGUAUCAUUCGUUUCUCGACGAUCAUCUCGAGGGAGUACGCGGCCGAAUGCGAAGCGAUCGCCACAGAAAUCCGAAAGAAGCUACAAUUAUGGAUAGAUCACGCGUGCUAUCGACUGCUGCGCAACAUCGAGGCAAACAUGAUCAGAGAGGACAUGAAAACGACCAGAUACGUGCGCGUAUCGAAUAAACUGGUGUGUUGCGUUUGGGCUCCGAUAGCGCUACCAAUCGGAAUGAAACGACUGACUGAAAAGGAGAAACGGCCGAUCGAGGUGGAAUUCCCGGAGAUGAAAUUAACGAUCAAAAUGCCGGCGGACGUGGAUUGUUACAGCAUGGCGGUUCGAGGACUUUGGCUGGCUUACGAUCAUUAUUCCGUCGAAACGAACUCGUGUCGCAUUCCUCAGCUUCCGGAGGAACUUCACCAAGUGUGGGAUCGUUCUCUCGACCUUUUAGAAUUUUCGAGAAGGGAGUACGAAGAGAAGCUCGGAAUACGGGAGGAGCAGGCCGAGGGACGACGCUUACGGUUGGAGGAAAAAAAGACGAUACUCGAGAGGAUGGAGAACCCGCCUGUUCUGCGCAGCGCUCAAAGAAGAAAACGCGGGAAGAAGCAGAAGAGACCGCGAUCGGCGAGAGGAGCCCGUCCGGAAUUCGAGGAGACGCUUAUGUCUUUUCUGCCCACGGAGAAGGAGUUGCUGCCAUAUUUGCCCACGCCCAACGAGAUCAUUCGACAGAGGGAAGACGAGCACAGGGAAAAGGUUCGAACGUUGUUAUUCACUCGGUGCGAGAAGACGGAAGUCAAUUUACGGAAAUACAGAAUCCUCAGGGGCGUGUUUCACGUGGAUCUCAUCUAUCAACCGCCGCAGCCUAAGGAUCUAGGGGAGGAGACCAGCUUAACGACUCUCGAGCUGCCCAAAGAACCGAAGUUCGUGCAAUUCUCGAGGCCUUACGUUCCACCGCAGCCAGCGCCCGAUUCCGAGAGGACGCCGGAAGUCAUCGAAGCCGAGAUAAAGGCCCUCGAAACCGCGAUGGAGGCGCUCGUUCUGAUUACUCUCGAGUUACCAGAGACGGUUUUUUGGUUCGAGCCGCCGUUGGUCGCCCACUGGAUACCGGAAAAGAAUAUCUGGUCGACCAGGGACGUCCACGAUAUCAAAUACAACGAGGAGAAGCAAACGAUCGCGUUCAGGAGCGGUAAAUUGGGCGUCCAUGGGCUGGCCGCCUACAAGUUCGCGAAUCUACCGUUCCAGAGCUGGGAACUGAAACCGGAAAUGGGGAAAACCGGUCGACUGAACGGCGGAGUCGUUCUGAGCGUCACGGGAGCCACGGUCCAAGCAGAGUUCAUCGUCAGGAACGAUCAAGUCUGUUUGAACUCGCUGGUGGGUGGCUCGUCGAAGCCGCUGGAAGGGCUGCUUAAGGAAUUCAUCGACCUGGAAUCUUUGAUCGAGAGAAUGCAACAGGUCGGAUGCGACCUCUUUCCCGAACGAGACGCCCGGAGCUAUUUGAAAGGACUAGCCACCAAGCAUCCGAUCGCUGAGAAACACUUGCGAGAGUGUAUGGCUUUGUUAUCCAGAGCCUACACCUUCGCUUGGUCUCGAUGGAACGCUACUCGAGACUUUUGGGAGAUCGUCCUACAGUUCAAAGAGGUGCACGGUUGCGUUGCCAAAGAGCGUACGAAUAUAACGCUGUUGGUCACCCUUUCGCAAACUAUGCGGAUACGUUGCACCGAGGUCAGCCCAGAGUUUUCAGACUUGCCUCUGGAGGACGAGGACACCAAGUUCUACGCGGACCUUUAUCAACUGGCUAUGAAUACUGCCGGCAUCAAGACUCGUCUCUUGAUAGAACAAACGUCGUUCAAACAGAUGACCACUGUCGCGCGUCUUCUCGAGCGUACCAACGUCAUUUGCAUGUCUUCUUAACGCGUUGGCUGUCAUGAUUACCAAAAUCGAAAAACCCCGAUAAUUGUAAAAUUCUAAAUAAUACCAAUUGAAACGCUAUAAAAUAAUAGAGUAUCUCUUACUACAGUUUGAACAAAUUUCAACAGCGUCGAUCCGUUAGGAAUUUGUAUUAUAAAAUUAAUGUAAACCGUAGACGCUUUAAAGUACGAUGUAAGUUUUAAAUUCGAACGAAUCUGGUAUAAAUAGCCAGGGAAUAAAUUAUUGACUCGAUAUGAAAUGUUGAAUAGAGCGCCAGCGGACGCCAUUGUCCCCCAACGACUAAAUAAAAGCUUCA